UUAUCUCCCGAAUCAAAUACUCAACGCUAAUUAUAAUCCUAUUUAAAUCCCUCCCCUUCUCCCUAAUCAACCCCUCCUUAAUCACUCUCACCACCAUUUUUUUUUUUUGGUUUUUCUUUCUCAUUUUUCUGUGCCUCGUUAAAUUAUUAGACCUGGCCGGUGGAGGCGGAGAUACAAAUCCUAAUGAAGUAAUCCGACGCAUCUCCGCCGUCCAUUGGUACCGGCGAGGUAAAGCGCCAUGGAUCCUCGGCGCAUGGAACAGUUGAUGCUCCUCUGCCUCCGAUCUCAAAGCACACGUGUCGCUCUGGUGGGUGGUAACCACACCGCGGCCCGCUUCUGCACCCGCUAAUCUCGCCGGAUCCCCCACCCCUCUCCACUCUCUCUCUCUCUCUCUCUCUCUUUGGUUUUCGCCCGUUUCUAUUUCUCUCUCCUAGAAUCUCUCUCUCUCUCUCUCUGUAGAUAGAAAACACACUUACAGUUACCGCACUUACCGGAAAACGAGUUCGGCGGCGAUGAUGAAGAAGAAGACGACAAUGGCGUUGGGAGGGCUCGGAGUGGGCGGCGGCGGAGUCGUGAUCCGCGUCCCGCCGCCGCGGCUCCUCCGCCUCCUCGCGCGAUCGGUGCUCAUCGCCGCUGUGGUCGUCUCCUUCCCCUGGAUCCGAACCCUAAUCCUCCGCCGCGGGGGAGCCCACCAAUCGCCGUCGACGUCGCGCGCGAUCGCCGAGGAGCUGUACCUCCCGAUCCUCCUCGCCGAUCUGCGGCACCGCGGCCUCCUCCGCCACGGCGCCGCCGCCGCGUUCCUCGGCGACGCGGGGUCGUGGCUCCCGUUCCUCAGGCGGAGCGGGAUCGCCCCGAUCCCCGGCUAUCGGGGAUGCGCCGCGGCGCUCCUCGGCGAGGGGUCGCUCGACUUCGUCCUCUCCGCCGAGGGCGCCGCGAGCCUCGCGUCCAUCGACGGCGCCAUCAGGGUCGGCGGGGUCGCGGCGGUGCUCGUCGGGUCGGAGCCCUUCCGCGCGCCGGAGAACUACCGGAUCGCGUUCGAGCGGCGGGUCGGCCCCGCGGUGGUGGCGGUGCGGAAGAUCGGUGCCGCCUCGGCGUCGGCGGGGGGGCGGCGGCGCCUCAUGGCGGUGGCGGAGGAGGCGAAGAAGGAGGCGCUGAACGGGCUGGAGGACGUGCUGCUGGAGCCGCCGGGGCGGCGGCGGCGGCUGCGGCGGCGGCCGAGGUACCUGCCGGAGCUCACGGGGGACUCGCUGGAGGGGUACCGGAGGCGCGUCUUCGUGGAGGUGGCGCCGCGGGGGAGCGGCGGGAGCGCGGCGGCGUGGUUCGAGCGCCACUACCCGAGGGGCAAGCGCGAGUUCGAGAUCAUCCGGGUGGAGGAGGUUGCGGCGGCCGAUGCGGCGAAGGAAGGGGGCAUGGCGGAGUGGCUGGAGCGGAACGUGAGGGAGGAGGACUACGUGGUGGUGAAGGCGGAGGCGGAGGUGGCGGAGGAGGUGGUGCGGAGGGGGCGGAGCGCCAUUGGCCUCGUGGACGAGCUCUUCCUCGAGUGCAGGAACCAGUGGGAGAGCGACAAGGCCAAGGAGACGAGGACCAGGAGCCGCAGAGCCUACUGGGAGUGCCUCGCCCUCUACGGUAGGCUCCGGGACCAAGGAGUCGCCGUUCACCAAUGGUGGGGUUCCUCUUAGAUAUAA